AUGGUCAGAGCUGUGACUUCUUUGCUCCAAAAAGAGGCCUUAGGCAGGGGGAUCCCCUAUCCCCCCCCUUUGUUUUUCCUCUAUGGAGAAGGAUUGGCGCACAACAUUCAACAAGCAAUAAACAACAAAGCUAUCUCAGGCAUAAAAAUCUCAAGAAAUGGACCAGUCAUCAACCAUUUAUUCUUUGCAGAUGAUUCCAUCAUCUUCACAGAAGCAGCACAUAGUUCGGUGAUGAGACUCAAAAGGCUGCUGCAAGCUUACGAUGAGAAGAGUGUCCAACUCAUAAACUUUACCAAGUCAGCAGUGUUAUUCAGCAGAAAUACAGAGCAAAGUCAAAGGCAAUACCUUUCAACAUUGCUUCAAGUCCAGAAUAUUAAUAGUGAAAGUACUUACAUGGGGCUUCCCCCAUUCAUUUUGAGAUCCAAGAAGGAAUCCUUUGAGGCCAUCAUCAAGAAAAUCCAACAAGCGCUGGCUAUAGUGUCUGCAAUCCCCAUAUAUUCCAUGAUGUUCUUUAAACUUCCCUUGUUACUUAGCAAAAGAAUCAACAGCCUCAUGGCUCGGUUUUGGUGGGGAAGAGACAUUUCUCAAAAGGGUAUCAACUGGAUCGCUUGGAAUCGAAUGACAAAGAGUAAAUGGGAAGGGGGUCUAGAUUUCAAGGACUUCACUUUCUUUAACCAGGCUUUACUGGCGAAACAGGGAUGGAGAAUUCUAAAUAACAAAGAUUCGCUGCUUUCUCAAGUCCUUAAAGGUAGAUACUUUUGCAACAAAUCAAUCUGGGAAGCAAAGAAAACUUCUUCCUCCUCUUGGGGCUGGCAGAGUCUCCUCUAUGGUCUCAUUUUGCUGAAGAAAGGGAUAAGAUGGCAGAUUAGCUCGGGUAGGGAGACUAAGACAAUGGAGGAUCCAUGGAUCCCAAGGGGCUAUCCGUUGACACCACACCUUCAAGAAGGAAUUGAAAAGUCACAUGUGCCUCCGUUGGUCCAAGGACUCAUGAUCCACUAG